CUUUUCCAGACCAACCUACCGUAUGCGAGGACUGAGUGGAGUGGUCGUAGUCGUUGGCCUGUGCGCUGCAGCUUCGGCUUCCCACGGCCUCAACCCUCGCCAGAAUUUCACGGCGGCGCUGUCACUCAAGACAACCUCGCCCCCUAAAGCCGCCGCUUCCACCAGCCACGAGGCCAAGUCGACUGUGGCCCCACCUACCGCCUUUGUCGACUGGGAUCACUUGUUCCCGAUCACGCAUCACGAACUGGGGAUCGUGCGCAAUGCAACCAACACAACCAACGCCACGCACAUCUCACAGAUUCUAAACGCAAACUCGACUAAAUCUACAGGCAGCAACCACUCGAACGGGACCUCCGUCAGCUCCGGGAAUGCCACUGCCGCCGACGGCACCGCUGUGCAUGGCGCGCCCCAUCACGCCACCAACGCCACUAGCCCGCACGUUCAACACGCCAACACGAGUACCGUUGUCAACUCGUCGCAUGUGAAUAAGGGCACCUCCAUCAACGCAACGACCAGCGUGACUGCCCAUCUGUCUGGCCACCACACAACCACCAAUUCCAGUGGUUACAAUGCCACGAAUUCGCCCGUGGUGCUGCUGAAUACUACGAAUUCAUCGAGUCACGUGAUUGGGGGGAACAACAACACGUGGACGCCCAUCAACGCCACCAAGCAGAAGACCAACGCCACGGGCAACGCGACCGACGUCAUUCAAGUCCAUUCGACAGUGUUGAAUUCAACCAAGGCGACGACGGCGGUACCCCAUCCUACGACUCAUUCGUUCCGAACCACGAGCGCGCCACGCACCACGGCAUCCCCUACCACCACUAGACUCCAUGCCGCGACUGGAGCCCCCACAACAACUGUGCCGCGUACUACUGUUGUUGUUGUGCCUGUGACCACGACGGCGGUCGUCCAGGUGGCGUCUGUCGUGCACGCCAGCGACGUGUCGGCCAAGAAGGAAGCAUCCUUCAACCAGAUGUACACGACGGCCUUUGUGAUCGUCGGGUGUGUCGCCGCGGCAUGCGUCCUGGCGCUGGUCGUGCUUGUGGUCCGCCGGCGCAACGCGUGGGUGCCCCAUGCGGUCCCGACGACUCCACCUGCGUCCGACAAGGAUAACUUCCCUCCGGCCCCGACCCCCGUGAACUUUAACACUGAGAUAGUCAUCGCAUAAGGCGAGCCCGAGUAUUUAAGAUAGCUGUGGUUCUGCAGGUGCACGUUUCGGCUAAAAAGGACGUAAAAAAGUGUGAAAAUUGACUGAAAAAAAGGAUAA